GAGCGAGCGGGAAGUUGAACCAUUUGUAAAUUACUGGCAGAAAAGUAUUUUAUGGGAAAUCAUAACAAAUGACUAACAGAGCAAAGACGAACUUUUCUUGUGAUAUUUUUGACAGUCAUACACUUGAAAACAAAGUACUUAGCCUGCUUACCAUUUAUUACAGGCACCUGGCAAGCUAACAUAUGUACGUGAUUAGUAUUCGUUUUUGGCGAGCUUUCUUGUAGAUACGGGCAGCCAGAGCCAUUUUAUUUAGAAUAAAUAAAUACGUUACCCUUCCAACGUCGUUAGCUAGAUAACGCCUCGCUAGUUUCGACUAAGGUAAGGAUGGGGGACAGGACCCUCCUGCGGGAACUAAAGCGGUGGGCGAUUGAAGAAUUUAAUCUACCACCCCAAAGUCUCCCAAACGACAACUACUUUAAAACGUUAUGUGUUGGCCCAGGAGCCUCAAUAUGGAGAUAUGUCACACAACAUGUUUUCAAUCAGAGGAAUGUCAGGGUUAUGCGUGGAAAUCUUCAGUGGUACAAAGUUCUACAAGAUAAGGAGUUAAAAAAGGUAGCGGGGCAGAGUGAUGCUGCUAAGCGGCUUGAGCUUCAGGAGCAGAUAGAGGAGCUGAGAGCUGAAAUCAACCACCUGGACUCUCAAAUCAAUGGGACUGAAGCACAGCUAGUUACUGAAGAAGAGUCCAUUAACUGGAGCUGGGGAAUGGUGGAGGAGAACCAACGCAGGGAGCUGCUUUUACAGGCCUUUAAGCAGCGCUGCAUGAAUGAGCGCCAGGUUCUCUCAGAGGAUACCCGCAAGAUCAGUGGACACUCCCAGGUUCUGGAGCAGCUGUCUAGGAAGGCAGAGUUGGAGGUGGUGUUUGGAAAUGAAGCCUCCAAUAGCAGUGGGGACUAUCUCAACCCAACAGGAGCAGAGCCUCAGGUUCUGCGUAAUGUGAGAGAGCUGUGUGAUGAAAGACUCCUCUUCUUCCAGUCUUUACAAGAGAGUGAGCUGAAAAUGGCAUCCUCCACUGCCACACACUUGACUCGUGAACAGAGAACUGCAGUAUUUCAGCAUUGGUUAAGUGCUGUGGAGGACUUGUUGCGAUGCUAUCCUCCAAACCAAGUGCUGUCAGCCUUGCAGUACCUGGCCUUGGGACAGGAAAUUACAUUGCAGGAGAAGCUUGCCUCAUUGGAUGUGGCUCAUGAUGUUGCCGCAUUACGGUUUCGCUACGAGAGUAAUCACCUGUUAGACAUCUCGAAAGAAGAGAAAGAGCUACCACCCGUUAAGAGUCUUUUACAGUCAGCCUGGGAGGAGGUGGAACAGAGUCUGAUGGAACUGGCUCAAACGCGUUCACAAAUUAAACAGCUGAAGACCCAGCUUCAUGCCCGAAAGAAUGAGGCAGAGUUGGAGCUGCUUGGCGGGGAGUCUCAAACCCAAGCCCUGGCGCAGUCAGUGUUUGAGCUGGAGAUGCAGUGUGUGAUACAGGCAGCAGUGCGAGAUGGUGUGCGAAACCAGUGUGUUGAAAUGGAGCAACAUGCCAGGGACAGACAGGAGGCCCUUCGCAACCUGCGGAGACAAUGGCAGAGCAUCACGGACUUCAGACAGCUUGUGGAUGUCAGGCAGGAACAGACAAGGGGUCUGAUCAAGGGGAAUUCAACAGCUAAAACUGAACUGACUCGCGUGCACAAGGAGAUUGGCCAGUUUGUCCAGGGAAAACUGACUCCCCAGUUUGGUGAAGUUCUUUCAGCAGCCAAUAGGCUUCGCAACUCUGUGUCCCAGGAGGCCAGACAGUUUGGAAACGUGUCACUAGUAACACUUGAUCGCAGGCUCAUUGAAGGCGAGCAGAGAAUUCCAGCUGCGUGGUUAUCUAUCCAUCGCUUGCAUUCCUCGCCCUUCCACAAUCUGUGUCAAAGCAUGGCUUUUCCAAUGUACAGGGCCCCUGAGGAACUGUACUCGCAAGCUCUAUCCCAGCAUUUGGAGCUUCGCUUUCUGCGUCGUUUGCUGCAAUUUCACUCCUCCUCUUUAGCAAAUGUAGAGAAGCAAGGAGCGCUGCUACCUGCACCUGACCAACAAGCCCUCCUGCUACGUGUCCUGGAGGAAGAUAAGGAGCUGCUUCAGUCUUUGUUACCCAGGGUUUGGGAGCUCACCCAGUGCUGCUCACAGGGCCUUUCUUACGGGAAUCAGGUCAAGACAGCCAUUUCCUAUUGGUGGGAUCAGCCUUCUCAGUUUGCUCUGCCUGACAUACGCAAGGGGGGACUGACUUUUCAGCAGUGGCUACAGAGGUGGAAAUUUGCAGCCAAGGCUUCUUAAUGAGUUCCAUGGAAAAUAGACAAGUGCAUAGAUGGACAACAAUACUUGUCUAAAACUACAAUUGUAUUCCCGCUAAGGUUAAUUUACUAUAUUGUUAGUUUUUCACGUCUCCUUUUUGCCAUUCAAUGUACACUACAUUGCCAAAAGUAUGUGGACACCCUUUAAAAUUAGUGGAUACGAUUAUUUUAGGCACACUCGUUGCUGACAGGUGUAUGAAAUCGAGCACACAGCCAUGCAAUUGCUAUAGUCAAACAUUGGCAGUAGAAUGGCUCGUACUGAAGAGCCCUGUGACUUUCCAAAAAGUCAUUUUUUCCCUUCAUAUUUCUGCCCUGCUAUAGCUGCCCCUGUCAACACAGUGCUGUUAUUGUGAAGUGGAAAUGUCUAGGAGCAACAGCCCAACCGUGGUAGGCAACACAGGCUCGCAGAACAGGAUUGGCGAGUGCUGAAGCGAGUUGCGCAUAGAAAUCGUUUGCCCUAGGUUGCAACACUCACUACCCGAGUUCCAAACUGCCUCUAGAAGCAACGUCAGCACAUUACUGAUCAUUGGGAGCUUCAUGAAAUGGAUUUCCAUGGCUGAGCAGCCGCACACAAGCCUAAGAUCACC